GGCGGGACCGGCGCGUCCGGAGCGGCUGCAGCGCGGAGCGGGGCCGGGGAACGCUGCGGAGCCGGGACACCGCUUCGCCCCGGGAGCCGGUGGCUUGCCCUGGUGUGACGGGUCGAGGCGGGAGAUGUCCACUCCCCCCCUGGCCGGGGCAGGGAUGCCGCCGGGCGCCUUCUCCGGGACCCAGGCUCAGGCUGCCCGCGAGGUGAACACGGCUUCGCUCUGCCGCAUCGGCCAGGAGACCGUGCAGGACAUCGUCUUCCGAACCAUGGAGAUCUUCCAGCUACUGAGGAACAUGCAGUUACCAAAUGGUGUUACAUAUCAUACUGCAACAUAUCAAGACAGACUGGCAAAGCUGCAGGAACAUCUCCGCCAGCUAUCAAUACUCUUCAGAAAACUGAGAUUAGUCUAUGACAAAUGUAAUGAAAACUGUGCUGGGCUCGAUCCUGUUCCCAUAGAACAACUUAUUCCAUAUGUUGAAGAAGAUGGCUCCAAGCAUGAUGAUCGUGGUGCUGCAAGUCAGCUUCGUUUUGCUACUGAAGAGAGAAGGGAAAUCAUGGAAGUUAAUAAGAAACUGAAACAGAAGAAUCAGCAGCUGAAGCAGAUCAUGGAUCAGUUACGAAAUCUUAUUUGGGACAUAAAUGCCAUGUUGGCAAUGAGGAACUGAACAAGGAAAAUCAAUCGUCGUAACUGAAGAAGAUACAAAUCUCUUUGGAUAUACUUAACUUCCUUCUAAGAAGUAACAUAUUUUUCCACAAUUAUAUUGCAGUAAUGUUUGAAAAGUCUCGAAGAUUAAAAUGUUGGGUUGUUUUCUAGUAAUGUGAAUGGUUUUGGGUUUGUUUUUAUAGAAGAUUCAUUGUGUAAGUUUUACCUCUGUGAUACUGCUUACAGCCUCAGUAAUUUACUGUAGUAGUUUGGAUUCCUAUGCAGAAAGGGGUUUUAUAAAUUAUGUGUUUCUGGAUUUUCUUUAUAAUGCGAUUAAAAAUUAUAAAAACA